GCCAGUUUGCUUUUAUCAGUCGUCGAGCACCAUCUAAAUUGUUGCUAAAGACAGUGCAUUCAACCAGACAAAAGUGAAUUGUUACAUUUCGUGUGAUCUUAUUGUAUGACUCAAGCAUAAUUCCUAACAUAUUUCCUCCGCAAACAUGCGGGACUUAUAUGGAUUACAAUGAACUUAAUUAACCAGACUUAAUUACACCAAAAAAAGGUUGUUCCAGAAGCAUAAUUCAAUUUUUGUGGACUUCACCAGUUGACACAAUUCCCCAACAGAAUCCACUUGGUCUUGGCCAUCAAUGAAUGGAUUCUGUCCAUUUUUCCCGCUCAUGACACUAUCAAAUGACUUCUUUCCGAUAUUAGUAAGAAAUCUCGCACCAGAUAGGGUGAUAUCUCAUAUUUAUGUCAUAGAACUGGCUGUAUUAUCCAACUAGUAAUGUUGUCACCGAGUAUAGCUUUGGAUGUUAUUAUUUGCUUCCUCUUUGCUGCAUGGUUCGCUGUGAUUGAAGGUGGAUGGUUUCCCCAUACGCAACGUGAGUUCCACUGUCGAGACCCUGCCCUAUCCUUUAAGUACAAUGGAGAUACGAUUUCACCAGCAGUUCUUAUACUUUCUACAUUCUUACCCUUUUUCAUAUUAUGGAUAACCGAGGCUAUAUUAGCCAAACCAGCAAACCUCAAACUAUCCCGUACGAGGACAUCCCUUAAGAAGGCAUUUUAUUUUUUUAAGAAAUACUACAUUGGCAUUAUAAUGAGCUUGGCAAUAGUUCAGACACUUAAAGUCGUUGUGGGAGGAUUACGCCCUCACUUUUUCUACACAUGCCGUCCUGAUGUUAUGGAUGUUUGCCAGCCAGGGGAACUCAUAUUUCGCUACGUGUGCAAAAACACUGAACCAAGAAUAUCUUUUGUCAAAGAUAGUCAGAAAUCCUUCCCUUCUGGACAUUCAGCUGUAUCAGCUUUCGAAGCCCUAUUCAUCAUCUGGUACUUCCAGAAGCGAAUUCCAAAAUUGAAAAGUAUUUUACUUGUACCACUACUUCAGACUAUUUGCAUAUCUUGGGCAUGUUUUUGUGGACUAUCCAGAGUAACUGACCAUCGACAUCAUUGGUAUGAUGUCCUGGCAGGGUUUAUCAUAGGAAUCAUAAUGGCUUAUUUUAAUUGCAUGGUUCUUUGCAAUAACUUUAGAGGAUGUAGGCAAGCUUCAGAUCCCGAACCAGCCUCUCACAAUGGCAUCUUAAUCAGAACCUCUAUCAAAGAUCGAGAAGAAACUACUCUCAACCAAGUAUAACAGGAAGAUGAUGGCGAGAAACAUUCUCGAUUUUGCUGUGAUAUUAAAAUCUGUAUUAGUAAUUCGUAUUUAUGGGAUUACGAUCACAGACUUCAGAAAUUUUUGUAAAUCCAAUUAAAGAGAGAGAGAAGAAGCAACCAAAAGAACACAAUUUUGUAAAAAGAAUAUUUAUAGGUAUUAUAGAUUGCAUUUCUAAAAGUAUUACGAUAUUUUAGGGUUUUAGGCUGGCAAGGCUGGUUUUUAGGUAGAUUUUAAAUAAAUUGUGAAGGUGUCACAAAUAGUCUGAAGCUAGGCAAUAUUAAAAAAAAUAAUCAUUCAUAGAGAACAAUCACGAAGAAAAAGGACUAUUGCAAAAAUGAUGAAAAUGUCAAUAAACUCAAAUAAAUGCUUUUUAGAUUUUA